AUCCGAUCAGAGUUUAUAAUUUCUUUCACUUCCACAUAUUUCAUAUAUUAUAAUUUCUUUUAGGUUCAUUUGCCACAACCUUCAGCUUCAUAUUUUGGAGAAAUAAAUUUUGCUGCCGAAGUAUCUGAUGUAAAUUGCCAUUUUGCACUUCUAAAAAAUUUUAAUAGUUUUUUAACAUCUAUUCGUAAACUGUACUAUGUUUUUUUUUAAAUGUUUCCAUCUUCAUAAUCAUGCACUUUAUUUCAUUUCACCAGUGGUUGCAAAUGUGUACAUUACAGUACAUCUCAGGUGUGUUUGCAACAACAUUUAGCAUUACCUUCUGAUUAAAUAACAGCUGCUAGUAAAGAAUCUAUUCUAUGUUUUCAUUUGAGCAGCUAUUAAAUGUCAUAUGUUUUACAUAUAUUAAUGAAUUUUUAUACGAUUUCUGAAAUAUGAAAUUGUUUGUCUUAUGGUUGCUAAACAGCUGUACUAUAUCUGGCUGUUGUGCUAUGGAAUUAUUUUUGAAUUUUGAGUGUUAACAAUUUAUUAUCUAUUUAUGAAUUAUAAAAUGUUAUGUAAAAUAAUUAUUUCUUAAAAUGAAUGUAGUUUAUAUUAUCUGUAUUUCUAAAUUUCUUAUAUAUAUAUUUCAGGUUUGUUUGCAAGAACAAGCUUCAACUUCAUCUUGUGAUAAAAUGCCAUCUAUUUGUGAAGGAUCUCAUGUUUGUUUGCAAGAACAGCCUUUAGCCUCAUUUUGCAAUGAAAUACCAUCUAUUUGUGAAGGCUCUGAUGAUGUUCUUUUAAGGAAUUUUAUAAAACAGCAGACUGAAUUGAUCUCGCUUCUGCAAUGCCAGAACAAAAUAUUACUGAAAGAACUUACAGCAACCAAAAAAAAAAAAAAAAAAUUAUUGUUUUAAAAAAAUGGCAUAGCACUGAAAUUCAACUUCAUGACCUUCAAGUACAGCAUGAGGAAUUGCUGAAAGGAGUGAAAACAUUUCUUUCAGAUGAACAAAUAGCAAUGUUGAAAAUUCCUCGUAGAAGCAUUGCAAAAUGGUCUAACGAGGGAAUAAUAAAAGGCCUCAAAGUUAGAUUUGCCUUGGGCAAGCAUGGUUAUAAUUACUUGCACAGAAUAGGUUUUCCGUGCCUUCAUACAGCACUUUAAAUAAAAGACUUCAAGGUCUUGAAAUGAAUUUUGGAGUCAUCAGUGAGAUGAUUGAACCUUUGAAAAUUAAAGGAGAAAAAAUGAAUGCUAGUGAUAAAGACUGUAUUUUAUCAUUGGAUGAAAUGGAGAUUUCUGGCAAUCCUGAUUUUGAUAUUUCAAAAUGUAAAUUUAUUGGUAAAUGUACAUUAGGAAAUCAAAAGGGUGCAGGAAAUCACUAUUUAGUUAUUUUACUAAGAGGUUUGAAGCUGAAAUGGAAGCAAGUGGUUGCCCAUGAGAUAACUGGACAUGUAACAGGAUGCCAGCUCAAACAACUUGUUGUCAAUGUUAUCGAAGCUGUCAAUUCUGUUGGAUUUAAUGUUGUUGGUAUUGUUAGCGAUAUGGCAGCAGUAAAUAGAAGCCUGUGGAAUUCUUUGGGAAUAUCUGUUUCUCGAAACCAAAGAAAUAAUUUCACUACUGAAAUUAAGGGCAAAAUUAUUUAUGUAUUUGCAGAUGUGCCACAUCUUUUAAAAAAUCUCUGGUCUGCAACUCUUAAUCAUAGUAUAAAACUGCCCAGUUAUGUUUGCAAUAAAGAAAAUUUGGUUACUUUGCAUGUAUCUGCAGGAUUUAUAAAAGAUAUCUGGAUUACUGAAACAAACCAAAAUUGUGGUUUGAGAACUAUGCAUCAUCUCAGCAAAGAAGACCUCUUCCCCUCACAUUUUGAUAAAAUGAAUGUUGCUUCUGCUGUGAGGUUUUUUCCAAUUAAAACAGCUGUGGGAUUGGAGAAGGCAGUAGCUUUAAAAGAGAUAAGCCCUAAUGCUCUUACAACAGCAUGGUGGAUAAGAUUUAUAUGUCAGUGGUUUCAAAUGCUAUCCUCUAGAUGUAGAAAGAACUCAAUUUCUGUGACAAAUAAAAGCAAAAAAA